AUUAUUUGAAAUCAUUGAAAAUGACUAGAAGUACAAUUAAUACAGAUGAAAGUUAUAUAGCAUAUCUUACAGAACAACAAAUCAGUGAAUUAUACCAACCACCUACAGACCAUCAAUAUAUUCCACACUUCUAUACAACUCGAACAGGUUUAGAAUGUCGUCGUUAUUUUUGUGAGGUUUGUGGUCCACUUGCUAAAUCUAAUUUAAAAACUGGUUCACCGAAUGUUAAAUAUACUGGAGCACUACAACGUCAAUUAGAUUGGAUUGCAGGUACUACAUUACCAGAUGCUUUAACACGAUCACAUGAAGCAAUGAUGUACUACAGUGACCAUAAACAUUGAGUUGUUACGCAGUAAUAGCAAUCAAAAUAUGAAUGUAUGAUUGAUAUCUGUCAGUAUGAACAUGUGUAUCAAUUAAAUACCCAUUUUCUUCGAGUAAACACACAGGAUUUACAGGAACAUUUACUCUGAAAAAACCUUCCUUGUAAUUUUAGUUUUAGCCUAAUUUUAUUUACAAUGCUCACAAAUUAUUCAAUACUAUAAGUAUGAAAAAACUUAAAAAUGGGUAAUGUCCCGUAAACUAUUUUUACCUAAGCAAUGAGGUUAUGUAUACAAGGCCUAAUCAAGUAUUUACCACGGAUGUGAGUAUAGAUACACGCACAAUAUUGCAAAAUACGUCUUUCAUGCACGGCUUUCAAAUGCAACUCUGAUAAGAGUAGAUAACUUUAAUAGUUUUCAGGUAGGUUCAGAACUGUCUGCAGAAAAACAGAAACUGUCUUUAUGAUUUUUUUCUAUUUUGCCCUUUGAUUAAUACAGAUUUAAAUACUCCAUAUGAUACAAUGAAAUCAAUUUAAUAACAAAUUUUCAACUGGAAA